AGUUGGUAUAGAAAUAUGUAGAUUGAUAGUAGCAGGAAAUACCGAUAAAGCAAUGCAAUUGUUUACAAAGUUCUAUCCGAAUGUUUUGCAAGAUAAUCCUUUACUUCUCCUCAAGUUAAGAUGUCGAAAGUUCUUGGAUAUGGUACAAAAAGCCCAAUCAGAUGCUAUACAAGGAACUUCAACCAACUAUGAUGAAUAUCAAACAGAUAACCUCCGUAUAUCAGCCAAAGAAAAGAAUACGGGUGAGAAACGCGGUCUGAGGGAGGAUGGCAUUCCAUCUGGGCGUACAAAAAAGAAACAGAAAGUUACCAAAGAUAGCGCAAAACGAACAGGACAUUUAAACGACGCACUAGCUUACGGCAUAUGUUUGAGACAAGAGUACGAGGAUAAAAUGGCAGUGGAUCCAAUAGUCUAUUCAGAACUGAUGACUUCAUUCUCUGCACUUGCUUAUACUGAUCUAUCAAAUCCUGCAGUAGCCCAUCUUUACUCACCACAAUAUACCGAACGCAUUGCAUCCGAAGUAUAUUCAGCCAUUUUAGUAUCCCUCGGAGAGAAUCCAACGUCUUCUUUAGAGCGUUUAUACCGUCAGACAAGGUUGGUUAUGGAAGAAUCAGUAAUCACUGGCAAUGGGAAGGCAGCUUUGAUCAAUCUAGAUCAAGAUUGUUUACGUUGACAAAAAUGUACUAAUAAGCUAGAGCUUUGCAUUUACUAAAUUUCUUGAGUAUACCUUGAUUAUCUAUUGUAUAUAUAUCUAUCUCUGACACCAACAUUUUAGAAAUACUAUGUAUAUUUAAUUCUUUGAACCAAACCCCAUGGACAUGGCUCACUUAACCUUCUGUACGAGGAAAAGCUACCAGUUGUGUUUUAGCCUUUUUUGAAACUAUACCCUUUGGAAUUAAGUCGCACAUUUGAACGGCCUACAGUUGA